UUGAAAUUAAAACGUUAUUUGUCGUUACUUCCGGUUAGAAACUGCGACGGAACUAGAGUAAACGUUAAGCGAUGGCGUCGCCCAAACGAUAUUGUCGUAUGCUGUUGUCGUUUCAUUAACGGACCCUUUACAUUACUAGCUUUUAUAGAAGAAUUUCUGUGGAUUUAAGGUACUUAACAAACUGUUAACGACCGAUUCUUACCGAGCGACUGUACGCUCAAGCGUACGAUACGUUGCUUUAAUUUGCGAUUCCAUCAAAGCCGUAUAUGACAAAGAUGAUGCGCUCUAUUAUCCAAAUUUUCAUUUUUGUCGCAUUGUGAGGAUAAGAAUGAAAGAUUGCGCGAAAAAUCUGUUCAAAAUGAUAAAUUUUAUAUUUGAAUGAAAUAUGAAAUAACAUGGAGUCAGCUGGUUGUUUUAUAUAUACUAUUAUAAUAAAAAACGUAAUCAUACGUUUAGCGGGAAGAUACACGAUGAUGCCAACAAUGCCACCAGAUACUCAUAAAAUUUCUUUAAAAAUAAUAGAAGCUAUUAAACAACAUCCUGUUCUCUAUAGUUCAGAAGUUAAGGGAUCUUCUAUUAAGCUUCAAGAAUUUAAACAAAAAGUUUGGAAACGUAUCGCGGAUGAACUUGGUCUUGAUCCAAGUUGGCUAAGAUUAAGGUGGAAAAAUCUACGGGAUACCUAUUGUCGCAUCUUAAAGUACAAAAAUAAGACUGAGAAAGGUGUAAGAAGAAAGAAAUGGAUUUUUGAAGAUCAUUUAAGUUUUUUAAAAUUUCCAUACGAACCAGAUUAUCAACCUCAAACUAUAGAAUUGUCGGAAGAAUAUAUACAAGACAUAAAUGCAGGUGGAAUAAGUUCAGAAGGUCUGCUGGAACAAUUAGAAGAUCGCAAUGAUGAAGAUUAUGACGAAUAUAUGGAGGUACUUGAAGAAACUAUGGCAGAUCCAGUUUUAGUGGAUACCAGUCCUUUGGAAAUGUUAAAUGCCAAUGAUCAACAAUUAGAAGAAAUUAAAAAAAUAGAAAGGGAGCAGAUGCAAUUACACAAUCAAGACGUGGAUACUUAUGUUCAACAAAUACAAUCAAAAUAUAGAAAGAUAAGACCUAAAAGAUCAAAGGCGGAACAUCCAGUACAGAGAUCUAGUAUAGAGGUGCCUAACACGUAUAGUAUUUUAAAGACUACUUCCAAAAAUAAAAAUGUGGUCUCUAUCGAUAACAAUACUAUAACCAGCCCUAUUUUCGUAACCAGUUCAACUACUACGACUACAUCUACCAAGCCUAUCAAAGGAUUAAAUAAUAUUCAAGAAGACAGAGAAAGGAAUCAAGAACAAGUUUAUUUAGCUCCGGAAGGGAAAAGCAGUAUAGAACUGUUUUUCGACAGCAUGGCACAAACCGUCAAGAGAUUACCGCCAAAAGCUCAAGCUGAUAUAAAAAUGAACAUUUGUAAAAUUGUUACAGAGGCAGAGGUACGCUUUUCUGGACAAAAUACAGCGCAAAGUACCCAACAAUUUAUAACGCCGCCAGGCAUGAUUCCAAAAUUGGUAUUGAUUCCUUGUGAUAUGAUAGACCAUCAGAACAAUAAAGGUUGACAAUUUAUAAGUUGUAAAUAUCAUCACUGGGGCAAAAUUACUAUUGUCGAAAAUCUUUUAUUUCAUUUCCUACUAGUAAUAUCAUAAUUUUUUUCCUUGUUCAAAUGUUUUCUAUUAAAAGCACAUUGCGCAUAAACUGUAUAGGAUAAUAUUUGUAUGAUUUCUGUAUAAUUUA